AUGACAGGUGCCCCGCGAAAAGGCAAAAAGGCAUGCUCGGAGCCUGAUGAGGGAAAUAUAAGGAAUUUGGCUAUGGAGAAAGUGGCAGGCACAGUUAUGUUUCCCUGCAAAUAUAGCACUACAGGAUGUAAUGUGUCUGUGCUUCAUACAGAAAAAGGUGAACAUGAAGACACUUGUGAAUUUCGACCUUACUCAUGCCCUUGCCCAGGUGCUUCUUGCAAGUGGCAAGGGUCUUUGGAAUCUGUAAUGCCUCAUUUAAUGAUGUCUCACAAAUCCAUCACAACUCUUCAAGAGGAACAGGAGAGUGAUAGUGAAGGAGAAGACAUAGUGUUUUUGGCAACUGACAUUAAUUUACCUGGUGCUGUUGAUUGGGUGAUGAUGCAAUCGUGUUUUGGACAUAACUUCAUGCUGGUUCUUGAGAAACAAGAAAAAUUUGAUGGGCAUCAGCAAUUCUUUGCCAUUGUGCAACUAAUUGGCUCUCGAAAACAGGCUGAAAAUUUUGCCUAUAGGUUAGAAUUAAAUGGGCAGCGCAGAAGACUGACUUGGGAAGCUACACCUCGCUCCAUCCAUGAAGGGGUUUCUUCAGCUAUAUUGACUUCAGAUUGUCUGGUCUUUGACACUAGUAUUGCCCAGUUGUUUGCUGAUAAUGGCAAUUUGGGUAUUAACGUGACCAUUUCAAUGGUGUGAAUGUGUAUAGAGAUAAUAUGGGCAUGUGUGAAAAUAAGAAAAUGUGAAACUUGUGUUGUGAAAUUUUUUUUCUUGGUUUGUUACCUACUAAGAUACUUCACAGGGUAGAGAAAAGUUUAAUUGUAGGAAGUAUCUGUACACUAUAAUCAUAUUUUGUGUAGUGUAUCAGAAUCUCAUCAAAUUUGAGCAGAGAUACCAUUUUCCUUGUAAUAUUGUUUUUUCUUUUCUGUUCUUCUUUUUUCCUUCUUCUUCCUUUCUUCUCUCUCUCUCUCUUUUAUUAUUAUUUUUUUUUAUUAUUACUUGUCUCAGCAAAUUGAUUAGGUGCACACAAAUGCACCUUUCAACUCAUCCAGUCCAUUUCUAUGCAGGCUUUCUCUGUGUAGAAUUCAUAUUCUUUGGUAUUUCAAAGAGGAGGGGAUGCAAAGCUUAAAGUAGAGGUCAGUGUGUACCCUGUAAAUGACUUCAAAGACUGGAUGCGUCAAAAUGGGCAUUUUGCACUGAAUAUUUCAGAAAUUGUGUACGUUUUCUAUAAUAAAUUUGUAAUGUGCUUAUCUUCAGUCGUUGUUCAGUUCUUGUUGGUACAGUUUAUUAUUUAAUUUUUAUGUCAUUCCUUUUGUAAUGAAUUAUUGGCAGGACUAUUAUUCUUCUUCGUCUGUAAACAUAUGAGAGAAGUAUAAUAUACACUAUGUUCUUUAACAAUUAGAAGAUUUGUAUUGAAAUUUAAGUGAAAUCUCAAUGCAUUUUCCUACCUUUUCUCUUCAUUUUACUUGUAGAUUACUCCUACAAAUUUUCCCAUUUUCCAUCUUUAUGUUGGUUUCUAUCUUAGUUUUAUUCUGUUAAUACAGAGUUUAUUUCCAAAUUUUUUUCAUUGAUUUGAUGGAGAAAAUAUUUCAACCAUGGUGCAAAAUCUAUUGGGAAAUACCUCUGCGUUGCCAUGAUUUUGUAGAUGAAGAUUGGACAGGUGAUUACAGUCUAAUUAUGGAGUGCUGACUUCAAAUGUGCUAACAAUUUUUUCUAUAUCACAUCAAGUUUUGAAACACUGCCUAAGAUGGCUCAGUGGCCACAUUCUUUGCUGCUGCAGUGUCUCUGAUUGGGUGGUCCUAAGGUUCAAGUCCCAAUGGUGGUGGAUUUUCCACACUUAGGUGAAUGCUAGAGCGGUAUCCUAACAAUCAGACCACGAUCUACAUAUGAUCUUCCUUUCCUGUACUCUCUUCCACUUCCUCUCACAACACUGCCAUACAAGUCAGGAGAUCAUCCGGAGCUUAGUGCUUCUGCAGGGGAAGAUAGAUAUCUUGAGGAAGAAAGGCCACAAGCUGAUAUGUAGGAUAACACCAGAUAUUAUGUGCCAACAAAAAAGAACACAGCCGCCUCACACUUGUAACAUGCACUACACUCAUGAUAGUAAUGAUGAAGAGAUUGACUUCGGAACUCUAAAUAUUCACUUGCUCAGCUUUUGAUACAGUGGGAACUGAUAUAUCCAAUUGUAUAGGAAAUUAUCAUUUUUAACUGCCCUUUUAUAGGCAUGAAAUACUGUAGGGCAUACAAUGACAUCAUUUUCAGUUCAAGGAUUUACAAGGAUGUAAGUGUUUAGUUAAUUGCAAAAUAUGAAUAUAACUUCGAAAAACCUUUUUAUCCCCUGUUCCACCAACUGAUGAAAACUCUUAUUUAAAAUGUAGAACUUGAGGCUACACUUAUUUGAGAAUGUGAAGGGAUAUUGUAUAAGUUUCUAGGAAAUGUUAAAGCAAACAAUACGAAGGGAUCAUAUACAUUUUUUUGAAACAUUUUCAUCGAUUUAAUGUAAUAAGAGUUUAAAACUAAAUUUUCUUCACUCAUAAUAUUGGAUGUUUCAAUGAAGACAGUUUCACCAUCACAUUAAGCAAAUGGAAAUUAAGUAACAGGGUAAAUGGGGCGUGACCAUUCCAAUGCAACUAACAUUUUUUAUGAAGAGGAGAAAAUAUUUUUUUAAGUUGUAUUUUUUUUUUAAAUUUACCUUGCACUUACAAAACCUUUGAAUUAUGAUGUUUAUGUAUUUAAUGUGGUCAACAAAUAUUUUCUGUAAUAUUCAAUAUUUCAGUUCACAUUGUAUAACAACCUGAUGUGAUACAAAAGCGUGGUUUGUAGAUUUGAAUUCAGCACACAAAAGACACUUAUUCAUCUCCGAUUUGCAAAAGAAAUUCCGGCUUGUGAGGUGACAAACAAUGACACACACAACUGGGCACACAUUCAGAAUGCUGCAAGAUAAUGUAUGUUCUGAAAAUACUCCUGACUUUUGUUCUUGAAUUUAUUUUCUUACUGAGAAUUGUGGAGUUUGCCAUUGCUAUUUCAUAGUAUUCAAUGCUUGAAAUUUGAUGGGUUUCAUCUUUUCUCUUCAUAUAGUGGGUAGAUCCAUACCUACUUCUCUACUAUACCUUUCAUGAUCUGAAGGAACCCUGUGUCUCGUGGAGAAUUAAUGUUGCCUGUGGGUACUCUUUAAUCAUCGAAAUUAGAGCUACUUUCACAAUGUGUCUUCUAAAAGCAAAUUGUAUCCUUUGAAACCAUGUACGAUCACUGUCAUUGUUGUCUGUGUCCUCCUUUGUCUUUUCUUCUUCUUCUUCUUCUUCUUCUUCUCUGCUGUCAUCUUUUCUUCUUCUAAUGAUGAUGAUGAUAGUUACUGAUAUUUAUUUUUGUUAGGAAUAAAUACCUAAUGUAAGUAAAUGUUUCACAUGUAGUCUCUUUUAAAAUACAAAAUUAAUUUCAUAAUAAUGCUCACUUUUCGAAUUCAAACCCUGCUUCCUGCAAUAAGGUACAACCAUAUGAAUAUUUGUAUUUAAUAAUUCUAGAUUAGCGUUGACUUUUUUAAUGUUAUGCUUAAUUGUUGCAGGAGCAUUCUUAAAUAAAAUCAAAUGAAAUUUGCAGUAUACUGCCCUGAAGCAUGUGUAUUUGCAUUGUUAUAUUUCACUUCCUUACAGGUUUUACAUUUCAAUUUAGUUUGUAUGCUCAGGAUUGCGAUUUGUUGUUUCUGAUUAAUAUUUGUCUAAAUAAUGGAAGUUUUUGAAUACUAGUUAUUUAUCAGACUUCACUGACAGUGAAAUAUUGGCUACGUUCUGAAUUUUUCCUUUAAGUAUUGAAACACACAAAAUUUCGUUUGUCACUUAAUUUUAUCAAUUUUCUUGUCAUUGAUUUUGAUCCCUCUAUUAUAUACGCUCAUUACGAUUGAUCACAGAGAGAAUACUUUUCUUUGAUUACCACUGCUCUCCAGUAACUGUACUCACAUCCCUUUCAUCAAAAAUCUACUGAUCAGAUCAUGAAAUUCCCAGAAUUUGACCAUUUAAAUAUUAUUUUAAAUCUGCCCUUUCUCGUUUAUGAUAAACAAGCAAACGAACAAUAAACAAAAUGUGUCCUCGUCUCAAUUUACAUUUUUCUCUGUGUGUGCACCUCCUUCCAUACUGCACUGCUCAACAAAAACUUAAGUGCUGAUGAAAAAACUGCAAACCUUUUUCUUAUAACUGUUGCUGGAAGUUUUUACUUAGACUUCUGGAGUGCUAAGUGACAGUGCUGUGUACUGCUUACAUAAAAAUCACACCCAAAGUUGAUACCAAUUUAUUUUUUUAACAUGCUAAUAGAACAUCUGCUCUGCCCUUACGUAUGUUAAUUGAAAUAUAACAAUGUUUUCAAAAAUUUUAAAUAUUUUUGAAGGGUUUGAAUGGGAAAAUUUGUUCAAAAAUGUAUUUCGAAAAAAUCUUUUAUGUUAAUGUUUUAUUUUUUGUAAAUAUAUAGUUGAAUGUCUUUAUUUUCCAUAUUUACCUUUGUGUUUUUUGUAUGUAUCUCUACAAGACACAAUUUUUCCACUUGGACAUGUGGGAUUUUGCGUGUACUUUUAAAUCCAAUCCUUACUGUCUUUCAUUUCAUGUCACACACACUUUUUUAAUAUUGUCCAUCCUGUUCGUUGCUUUACACACUGCCCUUGCCAGCUAAGGCUUACUAGACCCACACGUGCAGCCGUCAUGGCACUUACUAUAGUUCUUCUACUCCAUCACACAAAGAUUUUUGAUGGGCCUAUAUAUAUAUAUAUAGGCCCAUCCAUGACCACACACAAGUAACUCUUUGUUGUGGCUCUUAGGUCAAUAUGUUGUGCAACUUGUCACCAGCUGUAGUAUUAAGAGUGGGGAGAAAACAUUUUUCAACUUAUUUUAUCAGCUAAUAGAUUUGGCAAUUUUUUGCUGUAUUCUUCUAUAAAAACACAUUGUCAAUGAAAGUGCAUUGUGCCUUCCCAUUGUGAAGAUCAGAAUACUUUGUUAUUGAGGCAGUGUGGUUCUAAAAUUCUUGAUGUUUUCUAAGUAAUGUCUCACAACUGACUUUCUUCUCUUGGGAUUUAUAUUGCCAAUAGUUAUGAUUUUAGGUAGUAGUUGUUCUUUGAACUCCAUUCAAAUUUUGUAUUCAGAGUUAUUAAUGGCUGCUUGAAAGUGUUGCAUUCACUGUGAAUUUUGGUUCAUUUUGUUUUUAAAUCUAAAUUAGCAUAUGUAACAAAAAUUUCAUCAAUACUAUUAUAUGCUUCUUCCAAUCUCUCUGAUAGAGAGAUAUCUUAGUAAUAGUUAUGGCAACGCUGCACUACAUCCAAGACAUUUCAUACUGUAUGAACAAACAUGAAUUUGCGUUUUAUGUUUCUGCAUGCACUCAGAGUGUUAUGCUUCAACAACGAAAUGCCACUGUCAUGUAUAGAGUAUUUGCUGUCCUGAGCUGUGCCUGCAAUUUUUGACAUGCAUGUUUGCUAAAAAGCUAAAAGUAUUUAGAGAGCAAGGUUUGGAAGUGUUUGAGAUAACUGGCCUCAAAAAGAAGUGAUAAUUUAUACUCUUUGAAGUUGAUUUUGGAUAAUUGUUUAAAGCAAAAUUUUGUGUACACUCCUGAAAUAUGUGAUUGGUCACCAAGUUGUUUAAGACUGAGUAAUGGGGGUAACGCUACUUUAGAAGGAAAACUUCCAUUGAAUCAGAUGUAUUAAUUUAGUUGUUUUCUAUUUUAAUAGGUUUGAUAACCUAUUUUUGAAGUCAGUAGAUCAUUCCUUUUGACUUAUGUUUCCAAUUCAGUGCUGUCUGAAAACUGUGUUCCUAAUUCUCAGAAUGAGACAAUUGGGCUUGAAGUUCAUUUCUGCCAAGACUAAAAUAGAUCUUCAUAAAUCUUCAUUUCCAAAGUUUUUCAGAACAUACAUGAUCUCUGCAAGGUUGCAAUUACAUAACACACAUACUAUUCAGAUUAAUGUUGUUUGGAGUUUUAAACCUCAAAACUUACCAUUUUACGCAUCUAAAAUGUGCUUCUAAAAGGUGAAAAUAGGCAUUAUAAUGUCUUAAAUAGUAUAAAUUGAUAUGAAAAAACUUUCCAGAAUAAAUUUGAUUUAAACUGUUUUAUUGGUGCUUUUGUUAACACAAACAUUUAUAUGAGUCUUUUGUCAUACAAAACCUGGAAGCAGUGAAAAGUGUAGGACAUGUACGAUCCUCAAGUAUAUUGAUGCAUUUCUGUGCUUAUUAUGUGAUGCUCUACAUUCACUACAUUCACUUUAUUCUGACAAUUACUAAAUAUUGCUUAAUGAAAUUAUUGCUUGCUUAGAGACAGACGUCUUGAAGACAAAAAAAUGUUUUGGUUGUGAUUUGAAAAUAAUAGAAUUAGUGUUGGUUAAGAGUGCUUUUAAUUUUCAGUGUCCUUGAACUAGGAUUUUAGCCCACUGACAUUCACAGACAAAGAGGUCAGAAAAAUGUAAAUUGGUUGGUUUCAAAAGAAGUUUGUAUAUAGCCAAAAUAAGUGAAAAAAUGUAGUUGGAGCAUUUUUAAGCACUACAAAUGUAGUUCCUGUA